AUGGCUUCCUCAUCAACAAUCCUCUCACUACUUCUCUUAUACGUCAUCGUUUCACUAGCCUCCGGUGAUGAGUCCAUCAUCAACAACCAUCUCCAGCUUCCAUCUGACGCCUGGUGGAGAACCGAUGAAGAAGUGAGGUCCAUCUACUUACAAUGGUCCGCCGAGCACGGGAAAACUAACAACAACAUCAACAACGGUAUCAUUAACCAAGAAGACAAAAGAUUCAAUAUUUUCAAAGACAACCUCAAAUUCAUCGAUCUACACAACGACAACAACAAGAACGCUACUUACAAGCUUGGUCUCACCAAAUUCGCUGAUCUCACUAACGAUGAGUACAGGAGUUUAUACCUCGGAGCAAAAACCGAGCCCAUCCGUCGCAUCGCUAAGGCCAAGAACGUUAACCAGAAAUACUCGGCCACCGUAAAGGGCGAGGAGUUGCCGGAGACAGUUGAUUGGAGACAGAAAGGAGCCGUUAAUCCCAUUAAAGACCAAGGGAGUUGCGGAAGUUGUUGGGCGUUUUCGACAGCUGCAGCAGUAGAAGGUAUAAACAAGAUCGUAACAGGAGAACUCUUAUCUCUGUCCGAACAAGAACUUGUCGACUGCGACAAAUCCUACAACCAAGGUUGUAACGGCGGUUUAAUGGACUACGCUUUUCAAUUCAUCAUGAAAAACGGCGGCUUAAACACCGAGAUUGAUUAUCCUUACCGUGGAUCCGACGGCCAAUGCAAUUCUAACCUUAAGAACUCGAAAGUCGUGAGUAUUGAUGGGUACGAAGAUGUGCCUACAGAAAACGAGACGGCGUUGAAGAAAGCAGUUUCAUACCAGCCUGUGAGUGUCGCUAUUGAAGCUGGUGGAAGAGUUUUCCAGCAUUACCAAUCGGGAAUCUUCAACGGAAAGUGUGGUACGAACAUGGAUCACGCGGUGGUGGCCGUCGGGUACGGGUCAGAGAACGGCGUUGACUAUUGGAUUGUAAGGAACUCGUGGGGUCCACGUUGGGGCGAGGAUGGUUACAUUAGGAUGGAGAGAAACUUGGCUCACUCGAAAUCCGGUAAGUGUGGGAUUGCGAUCGAAGCCUCGUACCCGGUCAAGCACAGUCCAAACCCGGUUCGUGGAACCAGCAGUGUUUGA